AUUUACAUAAUAUACAUGUGUAUAUGAGGUGCAAUAAGAGAUGAAAAGGUUACCUUUAUUGUGCAACUGACGUAAAAAGAUAAAAAAUGACGUCGCCGUAACCAUAGCCUUUGGUCACCGACUUCCUCAGUCAAUUGUCUCCAGCAACGGUGGUUGACGCCGGCUGGCUGUCUGACUCAUCGUUCUGUUCUUUUUAACUUAUAAGAAUAAAGAAUCAAAUUCAAUUCCUGAAUAGAUUAAAUUUAUCUUACCUUUAUUCUCCUAUCCUUUUCUGCAUCUGGGUGUUCUAUUAUUCUGUUCUCCAACUUGAUUUUCUUUUCCAAAUUUCGAAAUUGGAAUUAUGAAUGGAGAAUUCAGUUCCGGCAUACCCCACUAAUUUGCCAAUUGCCGUCGAUCUGUUCGUGUCGAAGAAGCAUCCUGGUCUUCCACGUGGCGUUCUGGGUUUCGCCGAUUCCACCGGAAAGAUCUUGUUUACCGUCAAUCGUCCCUCCUCCAAAUCAUCCCCUACCACCAAAAAAGUCCUACUCGAUUCUGCCGGAAAUCCUCUUAUCUCCGUCUGCCGCCACCAGGGUGGAUCCUGGGAAGGUUUUAGAGGUGAUGAUGCUGAUAACAACUUGUUAUUCAGAGUGGAGAGGACACGAAAUCAAUUCACUAGAACUGAGUUGGAGGUGUUUCUGGAUGGAGUAAAUAGGGAAGACUCCUCCCCGGAUUUCAAGGUUAGAGGUUGUCGCUUCCAAAGGUCGUGUUUCAUAUAUAGAGGUGAUACAAUUGUGGCUCAGACUAGUCUUAUGUACAAGCUUCAUCAGAUUUACGCCGGGAGAAGUAAAUUUCGAGUAACCUUAUUUCCAGGGUCUAAUGAUAUUGAUUUGUUACUGGCCUUGGUCGUGAUUUUCCUUGAUGGACGAAAGUAGCAACUAUACCUUUUUGUCUUGGGACAUGAGAUUGAGGAAUUUGUUGUAUUUUUCAGCCCACAGGAACCAAAAAAAAGAAAAAAGAAAAAAAAAAGGAUUAAUUUUUCAUGCAUUUUGGCCCCCUUUUUGGUGAAGGGCAAGGCUCAGGAUUUGGAUAUGGGACCAAAUACUUGGUAGUGAAUAAUUGUCAAAACUGUUCUAAUAAACGUUUCUUUUCUGUCGAGUACUCAUAAAAUGUGGUCUAAUAUUUUUUUAUGCACCUGAAGUGUAUUACGCAAUUCUAAUGAGCGGUUGUGAUGAAGUUGCUGAAACUGUGAAUGAUGCAAAUACUGCAAGCAUGGCUUAUCAAUCCAGUAAACAUGGCUUCACUAGCUGGAGCUAUAUAUAUGUGGUUUUACGCUCUAUCUUCUUGCUUAUGUCAGGACAGCAGGUGGUUUACUGACUCAUGAGACAGCUACCUCAUUGUUGAUUGAAUCUUUACAAGAGCAGCAUGGUACGGUCCUCUUUAAUUGCAAACCAACUGCCUCUGGUGUGUAUGAUUAUAAUUUUUUAACAUUGAUUUUUUCUGUUUCUUGCAAACUUUUUGUUCCUAUAUUUGAUAAAUAUUAACUAGACUU